AACUCGAUGAGGUCGGUACAGUCAUGAACAUUAACAUCAGUUGAGGCUCGGCACCUUCAUCACAAAAUACAUGGCCGGCGCCUAGGACAUGAUCGAAAUACAAUGAUAAUUCCCCAACACAAGUCAUCAUGAAAUCCCACAUCUCCCGCCGGUUCCUCCACACCACGCGUGCGCUCCUCCAUGAGAACCCUCUUGGCCUCCCCCAAAAAGGCACCAUCCCCCGCUUCCAGCGCGGCCUCCCCACCAAACGCCCCAUCAAAGGCGUCUCCCACAUCAUCGCCGUCUCCUCAGCCAAAGGCGGCGUCGGCAAGAGCACCAUCGCCGCCAACCUCUCCCUAGCCUUCGCCCGCCUCGGGCUACGAUCAGGGAUCCUCGACACGGACAUCUUCGGCCCUUCCAUCCCAACCCUUUUCGACCUGACCACCACCGCCCCCCACCUCAACGCCCAGAACCAACUCAUCCCGCUGACGGCCUACGGCGUGCAGACCAUGUCGCUGGGCUACCUGCACUCCGACGAGUCGGCGCCCGUGGUGUGGCGCGGGCCGAUGCUGCUCAAGGCGGUGCAGCAGCUGCUGCACGAGGUGGACUGGACGGCGCGCGGCGGCGGCGGGGCGGGGGACGGGGUUGUGGAUGUGCUGGUGCUGGACCUGCCGCCGGGGACGGGGGACGUGCAGCUGAGCAUCGCGCAGCAGGUGCCCGUGGACGGGGCGGUGGUGGUGACGACGCCGCACGUGCUGGCGGUCAAGGACGCGGUGAAGGGGGUGGGCAUGUUUGGGAAAGUUGGGGUGCCGGUGCUGGGGUUGGUGCAGAACAUGAGCCUGUUUAGGUGUCCGUGCUGUGGGGGGGAGACGCCCGUUUUUGGGGGGAAUGAGAGGGUUUUGGAGAUGUGUCGGGAGAAGGGGAUUGAGUUGCUGGGGGAUGUGCCGCUGCAUCCGAAUAUUGGGGAGGAUGGGAGUCGAGGGAGGCCGACGGUUGCGGCGGAGCCCGAGUCGGAACGGGCGGCCGUGUUUAUGGAUGUCGCGAGGAAGUUGGCGGCGAAGGUUGGGUUGGAGGUUAGCUAGUGGGUGUGCAUACACCUCGAAGGUGAGGUUGGGCUGUUGAACUGCACCAGCCUUGUGGCUCCAGUGAUUUGUAUCAUAUGUAUGACUAUUGUUUCGAUCUAGAAUCCGGAUGAGAUGGCAAGCGUAAAUGUGGGUCAGGCACAUUCAGCCGUAUAACAUAAACAACA